AUGCCAAGCUACAGGGGCCCCUCUGUGGGGAAACCUGUACUUCAGUCAGCAGCAUCUGUCAGCCUGAAGAGAACUGCCAUUUGGUGUCACACAUCCAGCAGGGUCACACAAGGCAAGGAAGGAGAGAACAAGUGCUGUAGAACUCUCUACACUUCUGCAGCAAAUAAAUUCUAUCGCGCUCGGGUGACAAUUGCCAGUGUAAAAUCCACAGGUCUCAGCCUGAGGUUUGUCAGGCAACACCGUGCCCUGACGGGUGCCACGUUCCCUCCGUUUUGGGAAACCCUGCACACGGCAGCGGCCCAGCUCGAAGGCCAGGUACAUUUGAGCUUCUUACUGUUUCUCCAUCGGCUAGCAGAAGAAGCCAGGACAAAUGCUUUUGCAAACAAAAGUAAAAUAAUUAAACCUGAGCACACUAUAGCUGCAGCAAAGGUUAUUUUAAAGAAAAGCAGAGGCUAGAAAAGAGACCAUCGGAAUUUCAAAACGUGUUUUUCUGUGUGUUCUUACUAAUGUGAGAUCCUGUGAGCCAGCUUUUACGCUUGUAGAAGUAUUUAAUUUUAUUGAUGUCUUAUCUACUGACUCUGAGUAUCUUUCUGUUUCUUUAAAAAAAUAAUCUUACAGUGUAUAUUUGCAUAUACUUCAUGCAUAAUUUUAAAAUGUGUGUCACUUGUCAUUUAAGACUCUUGAUGGAGUAAUUUGUUAUUAGAAGUGUGAAACUUUUGAAGGAGAACCAUAAUAAAAAUGCAGGUUUCACUAAAUCCAUUAUAGAUUGUGCAGUUCAAAGCAGAUUUACUAGCUAAACAAAAUCUUGGCUUUCUAAACAACUGCUGUACAAACUAAUUUAUUAAAUAUCUUGGCUUCAGUUUAUUUAUAAAUGUCUUAAUAUUUUUUGAAUUACUUUUUAAAGUGGAAUCGAACUUAGCUGUUUUGGGAAAACAAUACAUAUUUGUAUUUGUAAAUCAUGCACUGAACUCUUAAGCUGGCCUGUAUUUUGAUGUUGUAUAUGAGACAAGUUGGUGGUCUCUAAUUCAGUUGGUGUGGACAGAUGCACAUUAUGGAAAAGAUCUGGCACAGGUGAUGAUUUUGAAGUUAGAUCCUGUGCAAAUAGUGAAGAUAAGUUGGUAUGAGUGCCAAGAUACUACUUCCCUUUUGAGUGUCAUCCGAAAUUGUCAGAAGUCUGGAAACAAAGAUAUAACAAUAUCUUUUACAAUCAUUCUAUUCCUAAUCUGAUAUCUUUAAACAGUUGCUGAACACUUAAUAAAUCUUUUAAUAUAGUUCAAUGUCACAGUUUGAGCUGAUAACACAGUUUUGUGGAAUAUGUGGUAGCUGAUCCUUCAUAUGCACA